AACAUCUGUGAAAGAAACUCUUGUUCACUUUCACAGUCAGACGAGAGAUUUCUGAGCUCUGAAGACACUCAGACAUUCAUCUGAUCAACAGCUCACUGCUCUCACAAACUGCAGACAUGAGGUUUGUGAUCCUGUUUGCUCUUUUGAGUGGGGUUUUUGCCGCCCCGUUCAUGAAGGAGGAGGAGGCAAAGCGAUUCAUCAGGCUGAAGAGACAGUCGGGAUACUGGGAUCCACACCACCCUCAGAACCAGUGGGGUUACACCAUUCAGGAACAGGCCAAUGAGUACUGGACGGCAAUACGAACAGAUGCUCAGUAUUACAUGGACAUGAGCAACAUGAUGUUUGACCGCUCUGUGGCAACGGAAAACAACAGGCUGUAUAUGGAGAUGCUGCGCAAUGCACAAGCUCACCUGGACAGUCAGACGGGUCAACACAGAUAAAAACACAAAAAGAGGAAAACUGAGAUCUGACAAAAAUAAUGCAGUGCCUCCAAGUGGUUGAAGAUCAAACAUUUACCCUAGUGUGAUUUAGGAGCAACAUAUUCUGAGACUCAACCAUGACCUUUUAUGAAGGAACGUAUUAGUUUUGCCUUUAGAUAUACUGUAUCUGCAUAAAGGGGACAUUAGAGUUUAAAAUGAUUAAAAGGGUGCAUAAGAUGAUAUACAGUACUUGUCAGGAUUUUUGGCAAUGAACAACAAUCCACAUAUUAAGGCUACACUUCUGUUGCACACAAGAUAAACAGAAACAUAAUAUGCCAAAAUGAACUGAAUACCCUUUAUAUGAAACGCUGCAGUUGUGUAAAAUGUACAGCUUAAUAUAUGUUUUUAUAUAUUAAUUUUAAACAAUUGUGAAUUAGAGUAGUUUUAUGAUGAUUAUGUUAGAACAAUGAUGCAAUCAAACAUUUUAUUCAAUAAAACUAAGACUCAAAGCAAAUGAAAUGUUGUUUUUUAUAGUUGCAAAAAGUCUACUUUAUUCCCUCAGGAGUGUCAUUGUCUUGUAAUAAAGUCACUGUAUGUAAUUAAUGAAAAUAGGUUGAACACUGGAAUUGAUAUUUAAUUUAUUUUUGUUUUUUUUUACAUCUCCCUGGUUUACCACUAGAUGGUGCUGUCACUUCACCCUUUUCAUCUAUAUUUUUAAUAGUACUUUACUUUUUUUUGUCCCUUUGUUAUCUGUGACUGGACCAUUUCAUUUUGUCAAUUGUUGUCAUUGUUCAAGAUAUGAUAUUAUGGAUUUUAAUUUCCAUUGAAUGGAGCAGAGGUAAAUAUGGCAUUAAUUAUGAAAAAAUAAAGCAUCAUGUAUUUAAAACAACUUUAUUAGUGUAAUAAAGUACAUCUGAACAAUACAAAUACUGCACUUUUGAGGAUUGUGUCAGAAAUGUCCAAUAAGUCUUCAUCUAUUCAUUACACUAUAUAUUGUGUUGCCUGAAUUGGUUUCACUAACUGCAGUGAGCAGAAUAUAACAAACUGUGUAUUUGAGGAGGUUGAGAAAGACGAGGACACAGAAUUUAACAGAAGAAAUAGUACAAGCUGUUCAGAAAUCACAAAUUAGACCUAUUAAUGUAUUUUUCGAUUUUGUCUAAUGUUUUUUUUUCAACAGGUUGUUGCAUCUCCAAUGUGUGUACGGUAGUUCAAAUGCUGUUGGUACCUUGAGAGAUUAAAUCAUUUCUUUUUCAUAUAAUGUACAACUAAAACGUAGCUACAGUAAGUUACUUAAUAGCUGUGUAUAAAAUGAACAUAAUAUUGUUAAAGGGAUAGUUUGACGUUGGGAAUUUUAGAUGGUCCACCACAUAAACCAAAUCAAAGGCAAUGCCAUUUAGAAACAUAAAACAAUAAAGAGGAAGUCGGCUAAGUACAUAAAUAAAGCCAAUUGCGAAAUUUGUGGUGAAUUUUUGUAUAGUUUGAUUUCUUUUUUUAGUAGUUUUAGUUUUCCUUUUAUUUACUUUUAAGCUUGAAUACCUUUCUAAAAUGACCACUGUGUAAUCUAGUGUACUGAUAGCUGCAUGCUGCUUAAAGCCACCAUGUGUAGAAUUUUAUGACUUUGGCUGAAAAGCAAUACAGGUUGCACCAGUUUUCUUUUUUAAGACUGUCUUAUUUAU